AUGUCUUCGAAGCAACAGGUGCUCCAACGCUCGGUGUCCUCGGAUGCUGGGCGCCUUAUUGUGUCGCUGCUCGUUGCAGUGUGUCUCGUUGGCAGUGCGUUGGCACUGAACUGUAAAAUCUGUCAAUCGACCGGAGAUUACGAGGCCUGUCUGCGCAGUCCGUCCGCACCGUGCACGGUACCGCUGGUGAACACCACCCAUCUUUAUCUGACCACUGCAAACCCGACACUGCGAAACGUUACGUACCAGGGUGUACCAAUGUUCCAGUGCUUCCAGGUGAACUACACCGUUGGGCUGAUGUGGCACUAUCAGAUGGGGUGCACCUACACUAACACCAAGAUCUGUGAGGGUUGGCGAGCGGCCAGCAAAUGCCUUACAACCACGUCCAAUGUGAUGGGCGUACCGGGCCGGGUACCGGUUCCACACACUGCCGUUUACAACCCGCACGGUCCACCAAACGGUGCCGUGACCGGGAUGAAGCGCAGCUCUAAUUCGGCUGCCGCCAGUAGAAAUGCCGUGCUGGUGGACUGUAUCAUGCUGACGAUGGUGGUGGGUUGGGCAAUCAGAAAGGUGCUAGGAUACUAA